UACACUUUCCCACUAAACAAUUUCCUUGUGACUGUUUCUGGGAAAACCAAUUAAUAAUUAGACUGGCCACCACAGCAGCAGAGGGACGAUCACCCAGCUGUUUCAGAGUCCUGUAAGGCAUUUCUCCUCAAUCUACUUUUGAGUCUGGUUUGGGCCAAGUAACAAUCAUUCAAAUGGCAGCCAUAUUGGUUGUUACCCAUUUUUCUCAGACUUUGAUCAUAAGUGAGCACCUUUAGGUAUUCGGCACAACCCUAAGACAUACACUUAGUUAGAUCUGCUACCAGGAACUGGAUGACUGCAUUAGAGCCUCCCAGAAUACUCACUUGUGUCUUUCCUACUGAUACCUUGUAGGAAUUAUAGGGUGGGUCCCCUUUAAUUGAUGGGAUGGUCGCUCUCUGUACUAACUGUAAUCAUUGUCAUGAGGCCAUGUGUCAUGUGGUGACAGUUGGGGACACAGUAGAGGACCAUAUGAGUUGGAGACAGGAUGUUUAUGGACGACUCCUCCUCUGAGAGCUGUAAUGGGAACCUCUUUCCUGUGCUUAAUCCAUCCACGGCACCUGCAAGCACCACCCUAAGCCGCUCCCUGCCGGACAUGAACGGGAACAGCACCGGCUCCGCCCAGGAACUCACCGCCCCGUCCGAUGAGCAGCCCAUGAACCUCAGCGACAAGAUCCGCCCCACGCUGGGAGUCCCACAAUACCCUGCUGAUGCUUGCACCACACAGGUUAUACGUAACCAUGGAAAAUACACCCUCAAGGCCACGUCUGAGUCUCCUCCAUAUAGCUCAGGAAGUUAUGACUCCAUUAAGACAGAAGUGACAGAAGUCAGCGGCGGGGCUGAGGACUUGUCAGUGAGUCGGACUGCAGCGGUGGACGAUGACGACGAAGAUGACCAUGAGGACAACGAUCGCAUUACAGACACAGAAGGGCUGGACCCUGAACGUCUGAAAGCUUUUAAUAUGUUUGUCCGCCUUUUUGUGGAUGAAAACCUCGAUCGUAUGGUUCCCAUCUCCAAACAGCCCAAGGAGAAAAUACAGGCCAUAAUAGAGUCCUGCAGCCGCCAGUUCCCAGAAUUCCAAGAACGCGCAAGGAAGCGCAUCCGUACCUACCUGAAAUCCUGCCGACGCAUGAAGAAGAACGGCAUGGAGAUGGUGAGAACCGCAUCGGAUACUGGCAGGGUCUAUGCUAGGCCAACUCCUCCUCACCUGACCUCAGCUAUGGCGGAAAAUAUCCUGGCCGCUGCCUGCGAGAGUGAGUCCCGGAAUGCGGCCAAAAGGAUGAGACUGGAGAUCUACCAGACAGCUCAGGAAGAGAACACCCCACUAGAUAAGCCCUCUGGACUCACCCAGUCCUCGUACUCACUGCCAACAGGCACCUACAACCAGGAUCCUGUCUCCAUGAAUGGCAGCCUCCACUACGCCUACCGUGGGUAUGGCUCCAUCGGAAGCACCGUGCCGGCACCGACCUCAUUGCAAACUGGAAACCACAGUAAUGGUCCCACUGACCUCAGCAUGAAAGGUUUGGCUUCAAGUAGCACCAACGCCACCAACCGGGCAAUGCCAUGUGCCCAACUCAGUCCUACCGAGAUUGGGGCUGUGCGGCAGCUGAUCGCUGGUUACCGGGAGUCGGCCGCGUUCCUGUUGCGAUCUGCGGAUGAACUGGAAAACUUGAUAUUGCAGCAGAAUUGAGGGGUGCCCGGGGCUGACCUGCGCCUCAACCUCGUACUCUCCAGACUGAGACAUGACGUCUCUGCCUCACAGACGGUCACAGACACUGAACCUGUUCCCGGAGCAGGAGCCAUAUACUUUGUUUUGCUGGGAAAUCGCGGGGAAGGGAAGUCGUCUCUGCACUACGAGAUUUCCUUUAUGUUGCACCCCCUGUCCAUCCAGCAUGGGGGGUGCCACAAUCAUCUAUUUAUUGAGAACAGAAUUUCUUCUUUUUUUUCGUAAUUUAUUUUUCUGAAGAUAUUUUUGUUUAGUUUUUUGUUCAUAUGGACUAGUUGUUAAUUCACUAUUGAUGAGCCAUGUAGCUGGCUCAACCAGUCCCGAGCCACCUCACUUCCCUCAGAACAUGUGACCUCAUUGAGGUGGGGGUAGCACAUACCUAGUGUCUGAGUGAUGUCACUAUAGGGAAGCGAUGGGCUAUCUUGGCCUGAACACUGGCAUAACCAACUGGCUGCUUCUUAUCUGUGCAGGUGAAGGCUCUGCUUUAAUGGACUUUAGCACUGAACGGUCACUCCGUCUCCUGUUUGGGGCUCUACCAUUCCACCAUACCUCAGAAGAAACGCUCCAGCUGGGGACACGCUAUUGUGACCUAUUGGACCAUACCAUUCUGCGCACAGGUAGCAUCCUAUAAGACAAAGCCAUACAUACACUGGACCAUUCCAAACACAGCCCAUCCCACGAAGCGCAUGUUCACUGCCCAGCACCCGCAUGUACCCAGUGAGGACAUAGACAAUCCCAUGCAGGUUCAUAAUAAUCAUCUUCACCCCUGUAGGGUCACCACACUCCCACAUUGUAACAUUAAACUAGUUUGUUGUGUUUCACUGGAAUUAUGGUAUCCCUUUGGACCAUACCAUUCCGCAUUUAACUGGUUUUUCUAUAGACCCUAAUAUUCUCCACUCGCAAAGUAUGCCUUUGGCUUAUACUACAACAUACCUAAUUUCCUUUCAGAACAUACCAUUCAGCACCCCAAAUCAUUUCCCUAAGCAUCAUACCAUUUUGCACUCCCACUAUUUUCUCACUGGACCAUAACUCCGCACUCACAUGGUUUUGUUGUGAACCUGAUCUUUCUGCACUAAAUAAUUUUAGUUUGGACUAUAACAUUUUGCACUAAGUUAUUUUGGACCACGCUUUUAUUGCAGACCACUUCUUUACGUUUAUGCCACUGGAUCAUACCAUUCCAGACACCUAUCAACGCACCAAGGCCAUGCGAAAAGCAUGUUUACUGCACUGCCUAGCAACCACAUGCAUCCAGUGAGGACAUAGACAAUCCAUAGGUCACUGCACUGUAACACUAUGAAAUAACCCUGUACCUCUGGUUUGGUUAUGUUUUACUAAAAACCUUUAGAGCAUAACAUACCAUAAUGCUCUUCACUCACAUGGUUUUGCCUUUGGACUGUACCACUCUGCACUUACUUUUCUCACUGGACCCAUUCUGCACACAGUAGGUUACUCUGGAUCAUACCAUUAUACCCUUGCAUGGUUUUAUGUUGGACCAAACCAUUCUGCAUUUUUCUAUUUCCUUAGGUCUAUACCUUUCUGCACUUUUUUUUUCACUGGAUCAUACCACUCUAAAUACACAGCAUUGCACUAAGCCCAUCUCAUGGAGUGUAUGUUGAUAACCCAGCACUAUACAUCCGGUUAAAACAUAAACAAUUCCAGGCAGGAUUAUAAUGAUCAGGUGCACCUUAUUAGGCCACAACACCCCCACAUGUUGGACCAUACCAUUCUGCACAGAGCAGUUUCACACUGGCUGAUAACAUUCCACACUGUUUGUCCCUUGGACCAUACCAUUCUUAACUGAAUAGUUUUACACUGUUCCACCCCCGGGGAAGCCAAACCAUUCCUACACUACUUCUGGCUUCCUGCUGCUAUGAACCCCCCCUCCCCCUCCUUUAUUUCAGGUAACUCUGGUCUCCUCCACACGGAGCCCACCUUGUGAUUCUUAACCAUCUGACCUCUCCCGCUUUGCUAUGGGUUUCCAAAAUCUUUCACAGAACGUAGCAAAUUCGGUGUCUAUUUUAUCCACAAAACUCAGGCAGAAAACCGGCUCAACACUCAAUCUGAACUUCCGAUUCCUUCUGACCUCAAGCCCCCGACCGCCUCCCUCCCCUCCAAUAUCCUUCCAGGUCCGUGUCAUUUCAGCUCCUCUCACAUUUUAGUUUUUUUCUGUAUCCGUGUUUUUAAUAGUUCUGGCCAUCAUUAACCCCCGUUCCCGUCUGGCAUGAACUUAAAUGUCAUGGGGCUGUCCGUAGCAAAGGAGGGCCCCCCCCCCUGAGGUCGCUGUGGGUUUGACACUUUCCAGAAACAUCUGCCUGGCACCAAGCUUUUUUCUGCUGACCUUAUAUCCCAAAGCCACUGUCUCUUUAAGAGACGUCUUUUUUUUUCCCUCUUAUUUUUUUUAAAAUUGUUUUCCUUAUUUCAGAACAAGGAUUUGUGUCUUUUUUUAUGUGGUGCUUUUAGAUUGGUGAUGUCCUCCCGCAGCCAACGUGUUUGUGUGUAUUUGACUUAAUUUAAUAUGAUUUCUGGACUACGUGAGUGUCCUGUUUACAUGUACAGAUGACCCAUUGUAGACGAGCAGUACCACCUACGGGGGGCGCUCUUCUGCUUACUAAAGCCACUCCCUCUUGCGCAUGCAGUAAGGCAGUUUUCCCCAAUCUGCAGCUGUCCAACUUUUGCAAACUUACUGCUUCCAUAAUGCCCUGACAUCAGUCCGCAUGAUAGGAGUUGUAGUUUAGCGUCAGCUACAGGCUGGGAUAUGCUGCAGUAAUGUUUAUUACCAAUUGCUCCAUUCCCUAGAACUCAGGUAAAGACAUGCACAGCUUAUUUAUUUGCGCCACGACACCCUGCACGUCUGUCAUCCCCCUUGCACCUCCAUCUUUCCUUUUGCACUCCUAAAGCUUCCGCUUCCGCUGUCCACCUCCUCUUUUAAGCAGAUAAGAAAUUUCAAUAAACCUUAUGAUAUAUAAUAUAUAAGACAAGGCUAUUUAUUGUUACUGACGGUUCGCGUGGUUUUAAUGAUUUGUAGGAUGUUUUUAUUUGUCAUACAAUGUGAUGUAUUCCCACCGUCCGGGACAGAGACCACCGUGCGGUCUAUGAUAUAUCCACCCAUCCCCCACCCUUAUUAUUAUUAUCCAGGCUAAGUGCACUGACUCGCCACCAAGUGGAAACCUUUCUUUUUACUCAAUGUAUAAGGCUGACUAAUUACAAACACUGCAUAAUAAAGUAUCCCAACUUUCAG